AUGGAGUCGAUCAACCCUGCCGCUGCCGGCGAGGAUGCCAGCGCUCCCGCUCUGGCUCCAGUAGUCAUGGAUCCCUCGCUUCUAAUGGCUGUGAGCAUGGGUGACUGCCAGGCGCUAAGGACUCUCCUGAACCAUGUCUGCCCGACGCCGGUGGCACCUCAGGUCGUUGUCGAGGUGCCAGACGGAAGCACCAUCACCAGCGGAAGCUCGGACGUGCAACAUCAAGAAGGUGCUAGUGAUCAGCCAGCCGCGCCCUCUGCAGAGUCGCUCCUAGAGGGAGUCACACCUCUUGGGGACACGGCCCUUCAUGUGGUAGCAAAAUCUGGAUAUUCAUCGAGGGAAAACUUAGACUGCGCGCGUGUGGUGUAUAACAAGGCCAAACACUUGUUGGAUAAGCCCAACAACUUGGGUGACACGCCACUACACUUUGCUGCCCGGUCAGGUAGUAGGGAGAUGGUGCAUUGUCUUCUGGAGUUAUCAAAAGGCGAGGACGGCGGCAGUGACAGAGUCGAGUCUUUUCUAAGAAAGCAAAACAUGUGCGGGGAGACGGCAUUGCAUGAUGCAAUCCGUAAGAAGAACAAAGAUAUGGUUAUAUUGCUACUGACGGAGGAUUCCCAGCUGGCUCGUGUUCCGAGUGCAGGGAUGUCACCACUCUACUUGGCUAUCUUCCUAGAGCAAUACCAUAUUGCAAUCAUACUCCAUGAUGAAGACAACCAGUUGUCGUACUCUGGACCAGAUGGACAAAAUGCGCUUCAUGUAUCAGUCAUGAGGGACACAGGUACUUUACUUUUCCUUGAAGAAGUUUAUACUUUCAUGCAGUACUUUGCUUAA